UCUCCGUCUCUGGCCGGGUUGCGGCCGAAUUUCGUCGGUGUACCGAUGUUAUCAUCGAGUGGCUUCGUCUGAUAUGUUUUUUUUGGGCCGGUUAUAAAAGCCUGCACCAUAGGGUGUCAUCAAUUAUAGCUUUUAUGAUCCUGCAACGGACAGUGCGCUUCAGUGAGGUCUAGUGCUCGGUUUAUGUGGGUUGCGGUGGAAUUCGGUUUAGUUUUGGGAAAAUGAAGGCAUUUGUAGCAGUUCUGGUUUUGGUGGUUGCUGUGGUAGCAGACGAAUCUGUCCAACAACCAACUGUGUUUCUCCAACCUCCGGUUGAACAUCAGGAGACCAAAGAUUUCAACGCACCAUGGACUGCGGAAAACUCGUUGGUUCCAGUAGCAGAUCCUCAACAACCGAUUAACGUUGCUCAGCAACAUUCCUACUACGCUCCUGCUCAGCAAGCAACUUACAAUCAAGAGGACUGCCAGCAAGACCAACAACAAGUCAAUCAACAAUACUUCCACCAUCAAGAGCAGCCGCAAUAUCAGGAACAGCAGUACCAUCAAGAGCAGCAACAUUAUCAGCAAAAUUCCUACCAGAGCGACAACUCUCCAGCAUCCGUGGCCGUGAAAGUAACCCAUCCUGACUGGGCCACUUCCUACUCCAACGUCAACCGUUACAACAACUACUGGCCUGCGGCCCCAGUUCAGUACGUUCAGGCUACUCCUGCCCCAUUCGCCCACAAGCCCGCUUACGCCCCAACCCAUGCUCCGGUGCCCGUCUACAGCAACAAUGUAGCCAAGUGGAACACCUGGAACAACCAGCCGGUGCACGACAUCGUCAAGGUCCCACUGUCGGUCGCCAAGUACGUGGCCAUUACACCCGGAUCGGUGCACAUUGCCCCACUGCCGGGACACACUGUUUCCCAUAAGGUGUUGAACGUGGCCUCCGCUGGAAGCUGGUAAAAGCUAUGAUGAGCCACGAAAGUUCUGUGCUAGUGAAAUACGUAGUAGAUCAAUGAAUUGUUGACUAGUAGUAAUAAAUCAAGACUGUUUUUGGUGAUAACAAAAUUUGGAGCUGUGUUUUCUCGUAUAU